AUUCCCCUACGACCUCUUGACGCCUUGUACCGAUCCACCUCACCUCGGCUGUCGGAGGUUCCAAAGUGACCAUGGAUUCGUACCAGCAGAAUUUUGCGCAGCAAGCGGCCUGGUACUACCCUGGAAUGCAAGAACCUUUUGUUCCUCCACAGCAAUUCUUUUCACAUCCCGACCAACCAUGGAGCCCAACAGCUCCGACGAUGCGCCCUCAUCCUGUUCUUGACGUUACAGCAGCGCCUCAAAAUAUCCCACACGCCACCGAAAGUUUCGGAUACUCCGAAAGAUCAAGCAGACCCGAAAGUACGCAGCUACCGGGCUCUCUCUCCUCACCCAGCACGCCCGGGCAUUGGAGUUCACAUGGACAUGAGUUGGAGCCGAGAAGGAUUCGGAUCAAGAGAAUCAGAACAGCUUGCGAGGAGUGUCGAAAGCGCAAGCAGCGCUGUGACGGCAACGAACCGUGUGCCGCGUGCGAGGAGCAAGGCACCAUGUGUCGCUACCGAGACGUGCCACCCGCGAAGAAAGAUCCUACCAUCGACAAGAUCCUGGAGAUGUCCAAGGAGCACAACAAGAGCCUCGAAUCGUUGACCCAAGGUAUUAAUAGUCUGCAAACGAGCUUGAGAGGCAUCGAAGCACGGCUUGCAAGACGCAAGUGAGGGAAUUUGCCCCUGUGGAGUUUUGCAUGAUUGUCAUUGAGGCCAAAAGUCAUCCGGCAUCGAUGGGAAAGUGGAGUUUUUGGACAUUGAUCAGCAUAAUCGGAGCGAGGGCAUAUCGUCGCGGAGAGUCCUUGGGAGGCUGUUUUGGCCUGUCAAGUCGCGGCAGGCAUUGACAAUGGCAAUGAUUCGUUUCUUUCU